AUGGUAUCAUCAACGGGGAAGAACAAUGAGUUCUGGCCGUCAAGGUUCCACAAUCUCCAUCUAGUCCCUCUUAUAGGCUGUUGCACCAUCCCCAAGCAAGGAUCCUCAUAUACGAACGUUGCCCAAGGAAGCUUCCGUGAUCGUUUUUAUAAAACAAAUAAGGUUCUAUUGACAUGGAAGCAAUGGCUCGAGAUCGGUAUCGGUGCUGCUCGGGGACUGAAGCAUCUACAUCAAGGCUCGGAAUGCGAAAUCAUUCACCAGGACAUCAAGACCACAGAUAUUUCGUUAGAUAAGAAACGGGUGGCCAAAUUUGCUGAUUUCGGAGUGGUGUUGUUCGAAGUACUGUGCGCGGGACUGGCUGUGGAAGGGAGCCUGAUGAAGGAGCGUUCUUUGAGGGGCACGGAGACGAAGGCGAUGCAAUGUUAUGCAGAAGGUAGAUGGAAAGGGUUCCGAGAUUAG